UUCACCUCGGCCCAGCUCUGAAAGAAUCGGGGCCCCUCUGGCCCUCACCCACCCCGAGAGGGGCCUUCGGCUUUGGGGCACAGGGGCAGGGCCACUGGGGAGGGGCAAAAGGCAGGCUCCCCCUUCCUUCACUCCCCCGCUCCUUCGCCGCCUCCAGCCUCCCGCGGCGGGAAGCGGGGGACUGGCCGCGGCCGGAGUCCGGAGGCGAGGGGAGGCCGGCCGCAACUUCCCCAGUCCACCUUAAGAGGACGAUGUAACCGGCUCGCGGCGCUGACCUUAGAAAAACAAGUUUGCGCAAAGUGGAGCGAGGGGCCCGGGCUCUGGGCAGCCCCGGCGGCUCUUCCACCGUCUCGCAGCCCUCGCCGGCCCGGCGGCGCAGCCGCGGCCCAUGGAGCCCGCCCGGCCGGCCCCCGGCCGCCUCAGGCCGCUGCUCUGCCUGCUGCUCGCUGCGUCCAGCGCCUGGUCAGGAGUGGCAGGUGAGAACGAGCUGCAGGUGAUUCAGCCUGAGCGGUCAGUUUCAGUUGCAGCAGGAGAGACGGCCACUCUGCACUGCAACGUGACCUCCCUGCUCCCCGUGGGGCCCGUCAAUUGGUUCAGGGGCACAGGGCCAGGCCGAGAGUUAAUCUACAGUCUCAAAGGAGGCGCCUUCCCUCGAGUAACAAAUGUUUCAGAUACUACAAGGAGAAACAACACGGACUUUUCCAUCCGCAUCCGUAACAUCACCCCAGCAGACACCGGUAUGUACUACUGUGUGAAGUUCCAGAGAGCAAGCCCUGACGUGGAGGUUAAGUCUGGACCAGGCACUCAUCUCACUGUGAGUGCCAAACCCUCUCCUCCUGUGGUAUCAGGCCCCGCAGUGAGGGUCACACCUGAGCAGACAGUGAGCUUCACCUGCAAAUCCCACGGGUUCUCCCCCAGAAACAUCUCCCUGAAAUGGUUCAAAAAUGGCAAUGAGCUCUCAGCCUCCCAGACCAACGUGGAACCAGAGGGAAACAACGUUUCCUACAGCAUCUCCAGCACAACCAAGGUGGUGCUGGCCCCGGGGGAUGUUCGCUCCCAGGUCAUCUGUGAGGUGACCCACAUCACCCUGCAGGGAGACCCUCCUCUUCGUGGGACAGCCAACUUGUCUGAGACCAUCCGAGUUCCGCCUACCUUGAUGAUUACCCAACACCCCAUGGCGGGGAACCAGGUGAAUGUCACCUGCCAGGUGAGCAAGUUCUACCCCCAGCGCCUACAGCUGACCUGGUUGGAGAACGGAAAUGUGUCCCGAAUAGACAUGGCCUCGACCCUCCUAGAGAACAAGGACGGGACCUUUAACCGGACGAGCUGGCUCCUGGUGAACUCAUCUGCCCACAGGGAGGCUGUGCUGCUCACCUGCCAGGUGGAGCAUGACGGACAGCCGGCGGUCACCAAAAACCAUACGCUGGAGGCCUCUGCUCCCCAGAAGAACCAGGAUGCAGACGAACGUCUGGACAAGGCUGACAACUGGAACAGUAUCUUCAUCGUGGUGGGCGUAGUGUGUGCCCUGCUGGUGGCCCUGCUGAUCACCGCCCUCUACCUCCUCCGAAUCAGACAGAAGAAAGCCAAGGGCUCCACUUCUUCUACACGGUUGCAUGAGCCCGAGAAGAACACUAGAGAAACAACCCAGAUCCAGGACAACAACGACAUCACAUAUGCAGACCUGAACCUGCCCAAGGGGAAGAAGUCCACCCCCAAGGCCGACGAACCCAACAACCACACGGAGUAUGCCAGCAUUCAGGCCCGCCCACCACCUGUGUCUGAGGACACCCUCACCUACGCCGACCUGGACAUGGUCCACCUCAACCGGAACCCCAAGCAGCCAGCCCCCAAGCCUGAGCCAUCCUACUCAGAGUACGCCAGUGUCCAGGUCCAGAGGAAGUGAACAGGGCCGUGGCCAUCUCUAGGGUCUGUCCCCAUGAGCCUUCCUGCCCCAUUGCGGGCAGCCUUGAUGAGGACAGCCAGCCCAGUUCCUGGAGGGCCAGGGUGGAACAGGACCCAGUGAGGGUAGCUCUUGUCUCCCCAACCCAGCUGGCUCUCCAGCAUUUCCAGGGCAGCCAUGGCCCCUCUUUGUGGCCACACAUGGAGGCUGAUGUUGCCAGACUAGGCAGGGAACCGACCUGGGAACUGGCCAGAGCCAUCAGGGGUGCAAGAACUCUCACGCCUCUGUCCAUCAACUGUGGGUCUUUGUCAUGGUCUUGGAGACCACUGACUGCCUCCUUGACACUCUGCAGCCCGAUCUUCCAGAGUGAGGAGGGAGAAAACCCACCUCCUCCUCCCAGCACCACCCACCUGGGGCUCUGGGGAAAGUUCUCCCUUUAGAUCGAACUGCCCAUCCAUGGAGAAGAAGCUGGAUGCGCAUCCCGAGACUUGGUGCCGUGGCGGCCAGCAGUCCUGGCCUCCCCUCUCUGCACUGACCAGCCACAAGCCCCGGGGAGGAGAGGACCGUCUGAGGAGCUCCUCUGCCACCAAGGACUGAGGGACAAAACGCCCCUCUUCUUCACGGCCCUCGAGACCUGGAGGACCUCCAACGGUGAUACUCCACGUGGCCCCACCUCUCCCUUCCAUACCUGAGCUCGCUUCCUUCAGCAAGCACUAACUCACAACCUCUCGCUGUGGACGCCUGUAAAUUAUUGAGAAAUGUGAAAUGUGCAAUCUUGAAACUGAGGUGUUAGAAAAUUUGAUCUGUGGUGUUUUGUUCUGUAUUUUUCUUAAAACAACAGCAGUGUUAUCCUGGCUCUUUGUCAUGUGUUGAAGUGCGUGGUUGGGUCUUGUGCAGUCUAAGGUUGAACGGUCGGUUGUUCUGGAGGGAUUCUCUUACAGCGGAAACUGAGUCCCUCCCAGUCCCAGAGGCUUGAGGGUGGGGAAGAAGGUUCCAGGUUGGCUGCUCCAUGGAGACACUUAGCCUUCUCUCCACGAGUCUGGUACUUCUGCCUUCCGAGUCCCCAGUGUGCUAAGUCUGAACCUGCCCGUGCUUCUCCAGGCUGCCUCCUUCUCCAUCUGGCCAAGACCUAACGCCUCAGUCUGCUCACCUGUACAGAGGGGAGAGGAAAGAUGCCAUCCCUCCCCUCCAUCGCUCACAAGCACUUUAGGGCCGUGCAGGGUAGGAAGCUGUGCCUGGCUGUUUUCCCCAUUCCAGCUCUCUGAGCUCAUCUCUGAAGGUGGAAUCUUCCAUUUCUGCUCCCAAACCCUGUCGAGAUCAAACUGGAAUAAAUCAAAGACAGCCAGGAGGACUGGGCAGCUGUGAAGCCAGGAAUGACCCACCUUCUGUCCCUCUGUCUCAAGAGGUUGGGCAGAGGCCGUGACCCUGUUAUCCUCAGACCCCGCAACCCUCCAAUUCAGUGUGGGGGCCUGGCUGGGCCCAGGGCAAGCAGGUGUUGCAAGCUCUGUUUAUUCGGUCUUCACGUGUAACUGAUCAGCUCUCAGAGCUGAGAUGCGAAUCUUCACUGCCCCCUGGGUCCAGCCAUUUGAUGCCCAAGGGAUUCCUGGCUCAGGCUGUCAGAGCCAGAAGCUGAGCCAUCCUGCCCAUCAGCAGGUCCUCCAGGUGGAACUCCAGGAGCCAAGGGCAGACCCAGCUCUCUGGGGGACGGUGAUCUGUUUUACAUGAUGGCAUGCAGGAACUGGCUGAGCCAACAGGCCAUGUGGGCAGCUCUCGCCCCACAAGCCAGAGUUUCUCUGUGGCAUCUAGGAGCACAGUGGCCCAGCCACCUGGCUUGAGCUAUUUCCAGAUUCCAAAAGGUUGGCUUGUAAACCUUGGUCUCCCUCUCUUCUGCCCAGAGAGAACACACGCAUGUGAGCACACACACGCACACACACAGAAUUUUUAAAAAAUGUUUUCUUGGUGCCAUUUUAAUUUUAUUUUAUUUUGAAUUUUGGAAGGGGAGUAAGGAAUGAGGCCAAGGAAGUCACGUAGUUUAGCUUCAGCCUGGCAGCCUGGAGAUUCCCAUACCUUGUGAACCAAACCCCAGGAAAAGGAAGCAGUCGAAACAACAGUAUGGAAGGAGCAUGGUUUUGGGAGUUUAUUUUCAAACUGCGGGGAAGGAAACAGGCCCUAUUUUGUAUAUAGUUGCAACUUAAACUUUUUGGCUUGCAAAAUAUUUUUGUAAUAAAGAUUUCUGGGUAACAACGGC